CUUUUGUCUUAGUGUCAGAACCUCGGAAAACUAACUACAGUGCAGAUGGGCCACGAUAACUCAGGACUGUACGCCAAGUGGCUUGUGGAGUGCGUCGUGGUCCGUAACGAGAUCACUGGGCACACCUACAAGUUUCCAUGUGGCCGCUGGUUGGGGAAAGGCGUGGAUGAUGGAAGUCUGGAGAGAAUACUUGUUGGGGAGCUGAUGACCCCCACCACGGAGAACGACGAGAGGAUGUGCCGCACACCACCUAUGCAGCAAUCUCCUGGGAUGAUGAGGAGAUUUGUUACCAUCUCACCAAGCAGCAAACCAAAGUUAAACACAGGCCAGAUCCAGGAGGGGGUGGGAGAGGCCAUCAAUGGGAUUGUGAAGCACUUCCACAAACCGGAGAAGGAGAGGGGCAGCCUGACUCUGCUGCUGUGCGGGGAGUACGGUCUCGUCUGGGCUCUAGAGCAAGUUUUCCUGCACGGUUUCAAGUCCCCUCGACUUUUCAAGAACAUCUUCAUCUGGGACUUUUUGGAGAAGGCUCAAGUAUACUUUGAAAGUGCUGAACAACGGGAGGCGACUCCAGAUGAAAACUGGCAAACCAGAGUGCGCCACUUCUGUCGAUUCAUGCGGGCCAUCAACAGCACGUCGAGAAACAUCGGCAAGGACGGAAAGUUCCAGAUGCUCGUCUGUCUGGGAGCAAGGGACCAUUUGCUGCAUCACUGGAUCGCUCUGCUCGCAGAUUGUCCAAUCACCUCCCAGAUGUACGAGGACGUUGCACUGAUUAAGGACCGCUCACUGGUAAACUCCCUGAUCCGAGUGCUGCAGACUCUGCAGGAGUUUAACAUUACCCUGGAGGCUUCAUUAAUCAAAGGCGUUGGCAUCUGAAACCAAACCACUGUCUUCAUCAGUCGUACCCAAAAAGGAAUAUCACUGAGGACCACUAAGAAGAAAAAGGAAUAAAUGAACAUUUUUUAUGCAGGAGCAGACUUGAACAAAGAACACUUUCUGGCUUAAUAAAGCUACUUUCACAUUUGCCAUAUGUUAAGUGCAAUGAGCCUUUCAAGAUUUGUUAUUUUUAUCCUGGAUGGUGAUAACGAUGCCAUUAGAUGUUAAAGAAUUAUGUUUUCUAUUAUGGACCAUGGUUUUCACAAUGAGGGUUGACCUUGUGCUCUAAUGUUUUACUGAAAGCUCAAUAUUUUCAUUGUUGCCGUGACUCGAUGACAGCAGUUAUAUUUAAGGGAAAGCUAGGAUUAAAACUGUUAAUAUAUUUUGAGAUAAAACAGUAUUAUUUUGUUAAAUCAGUGACGUUGCUUGCUCUGUUGUCAAAUCUGAUUUUUAAAUGUCAUAAUGCAGAGUUUAAAGCAAACGGUGUAGAAGUAUGCUUUAUAAGUAUGCGUAUGGCAGGGUGACUCAUGGAGACAUAAGGGAAUUUAAGUUUGAGUCUUUCCCAGGCAAACAUACAUACAUGUAUGUAUGCAAAUUUCUACAUGGAACGCCUUCACCUGAAGAAAAGGUCAUCCUAGCAUGAUGAGACUAUGCGGCUCUAGCCUGUGCCCAGUCACAAACGGUAUGAUCAACUGGAUUCGGGAAGAUCAAACCUAGUCUUGUGCUCUAAGAGAUGCUUGACACUGUUAUUUUUGCAAAGUGGUUCACAACUUCAGCCUUCAGUGUAUAUACCUCCCAGCAGCCCUUUCAUAUUACCAUCAUUGCAGCCCUUACACUACAUGUACUCUGUUCUUCUAACUACAAUCUGAUGAAAGGAGUCGUUCCAGUGCUGACUUCUGACCUCCUAAUAAUUGUGUGAAGAGCUCAAAGGACUGUUUUUAUUUCCACACCCUUGAUCCUAAUUUUUAUUUUAUUUUUGUCACCAUGGUUUCUGGCUAUGCAAUACCCACAAGAGAAAGACUGCGAUUUUACUGUUCUCUCCCCAUCCACAUAGAGAUUAACUUUUAACUUGCAGAAAAAGAGUUUUGACCAACUUCUUUUUGUGUGCCAAUGGCUUCUGGUAUGACUGUGUUGUACUCAUCUGUGUACGACCCAUAUGAGCAUCUUGGGAGAUAUAUAUUUUUCUUUUCCAAUACAGUUGUACAUUUAUCAACAUACUUGUGUAGUGUUUACUAAGUGAGCAACCAUGUACAGUGUAAAAAAAAAUAUUAAGAAUAAAGCAUCUGUAAAGUAUUUUUCUGGA